AUGGUGAACCUGGCGGCUAUGGUGUGGCGCCGGCUCUUGCGGAAGAGGUGGGUGCUCGCCCUGGUCUUCGGGCUCUCGCUGGUCUACUUCCUCACCAGCACCUUCAAGCAGGAGGAGAGGGCAGUGAGAGAUCGGAAUCUCCUCCAGGUCCAAGACCACGAUCAACCUAUCCCGUGGAAAGUACAGUUUAAUUUGGGCAAUAGUAGUCGGCCCAGCAACCAGUGCCGGAACUCCAUUCAGGGGAAACACCUCAUCACAGAUGAACUGGGUUACGUCUGUGAGAGGAGAGAUUUGCUGGUGAAUGGCUGCUGUAACGUCAACGUCCCUGGCACGAAGCAGCACUGCUGUGACGGCUGCCUGCCCAAUGGCUGCUGUAGCGCCUACGAGUACUGUGUCUCCUGCUGCCUGCAGCCCAGCAAGCAACUCCUCCUGGAGCACUUCCUCAACCGGGCAGCUGUGGCAUUCCAGAACCUCUUCAUGGCAGUCGAAGAUCACUUUGAAUUGUGUUUGGCUAAAUGCAGGACCUCAUCCCAGAGCGUGCAGCACGAGAACACCUAUAGGGAUCCCAUAGCAAAGUACUGCUACGGAGAGAGCCCUCCCGAGCUCUUCCCCGCGUGA